AUGUCACUACGAGUUGUGAUUCAACCCACAUUAGAUGUGGUUAAAGAUGUCCUGGCACAAUCAAAGGGGUCGCCGUAUCCGCCCAACCUCGUUCCUCUGGUAGCCUCCGUGCCCGCAGAUCUACUCACUCCUACUGUGGCAUAUUUAAAAAUCUCGGAGAACUCCAAACUCUCCUUCCUCUAUGAAAGCGCUACUACGAUGGAGACAAUAGGGAGAUAUAGCUUUGUGGGAGCUGUCCUCAAAACCGGUCCCGGCCAUGGCCCCGAAUGCGAUCCACUCCCCGCCCUCGAGGAAGAGCUUUCCCAGUUCCGCGUCGCCACAUUACCAGGCUUGGGGUUGCCGCCCAUGACCGGCGGAGCAAUUGGCUACGUCAGCUAUGAUUGCGUGAGAUAUUUCGAGCCCAAGACAGCACGGACUAUGAAAGAUGUUCUCAAGGUCCCUGAGUCGUUAUUCAUGAUGUUCGAUACCAUCGUUGCCUUCGACCACUUCUUCCAGGUUGUCAAGGUUAUCACCUAUGUGCGACUCCCAAAAAACGGCUGUGAAGAUCUUGAAGUAGAAUAUAAACGGGGUCAAGAGGUCAUCCAGCAUACCAUCGAUGUGUUGCUAAACCAUAACAUCCCUCUCCCUCCGCAGCCACCAAUUAAACGGGACCAGCAGUAUACUUCUAAUAUUGGGCAGGCAGGAUACGAAGGCCAUGUGAAGGCGUUGAAAGAACAUAUCAUGAAAGGCGACAUCUUCCAAACCGUCCCUUCACAACGACUAGCACGCCCCACGUCUCUUCACCCCUUUAACCUGUUCCGACACCUGCGCACCGUGAAUCCAUCCCCGUAUCUCUUCUACAUCGACUGCGACGAAUUCCAGCUCAUAGGCGCGAGUCCCGAAUUACUAGUCAAACAAGAAGGACGGCGGAUAAUUACGCAUCCUAUCGCCGGCACUGUGAAGCGCGGGAAAACCCCGCAGGAGGAUGCCCAACUCGCCUCGGAGCUCAGCAACAGCGAAAAAGACCGUGCCGAACAUGUUAUGUUAGUCGACCUCGCGCGUAAUGACGUCAACCGCGUCUGCGACCCGGUAACCACAAAAGUUGACUGGCUCAUGGCCGUGCAGAAAUUCUCGCACGUGCAACAUCUGGUGUCGCAGGUGUCGGGCAUCCUGCGGCCGGAAAAGACACGUUUCGAUGCUUUCCGCUCCAUCUUCCCUGCCGGCACGGUCAGCGGGGCCCCUAAGGUACGGGCCAUGGAGUUGAUUGCUGAGCUUGAGGGUGAGAAGCGCGGGGUGUAUGCGGGGGCGGUAGGGUAUUUUGGAUACAAUAGUGCUAGUACAGAUGGGAAGGAGACUUUUGAUGGGGCGAUGGAUACCUGCAUUGCGCUGCGAACCAUGUUGAUGAAGGAUGGGGUUGCAUAUUUGCAGGCGGGAGGGGGAAUUGUGUUUGAUUCGGAUCCGUAUGAUGAGUAUGUUGAGACGUUGAAUAAGUUGGGGGCUAAUAUUCAGUGUAUCAAGAAGGCGGAGGGGACGUAUAUCGCCAAGGAAGGGCUGUAG